AGACAAACAUUCCGUCUAAAGCAUUGGAAGCGAAACCACGUCUGUUGCCCUCGUGAAGUUGUGAAAUUGUUGUGACAUAAGUUACGGUACCGGCGUUACAUUCGGAUCCUGUUGGUACGCGUUUGGAUUGCAUAAUUAUUGUGUCAAGUGCAAGUGAUAAAGUGACAAUUCCGACCUACCGGAAUAAAGUUACCAAUAUUAGUGAUCAUUAUAACCUGAAAAGUAUAAAUUUAACUAACAAAAUGUACAAAGAUUCUGUAGUGCCAGUGAAAAUGGAGACGUUUAGUGGAGUGGCAGCGAAAUGCCCCAUCGGCCAGUGUAUUAAAACGGUACUACGGCGAGCAUACGUUGAGCAGAGAUUGACUAUUGGCCUUCUUCCAGCUAUUCAAUAUUUAUCAAAGCACAGCGAUGGCGCCCUAUUCUGCCUUACAGCAGAAGCAGCUCCUGGUGACAGUGCAACUCACAUGCAAGAAGUUUUAUUGCAGGCAUUUUGCACAGAGAACGAUAUCUAUGUUAUUAAGGUUGACUCACAAGAAAAACUGAAGAAAUUGCUGGGUCGCUGCACUUCCUCAGACUACAGCUGCAUUUUGGUACACUAUCCAUAUGCAGACCCAUUCACAGACAGCCAAGAGAUGGACCUCUCUAUACUUACUGAAUCAGAGAGAGACCUGGUCGAGCAUUGCGAAGAAAACUGGGGAUAUUCGCAGUUACCAGUCAUCAAGUUACCUGAGAAGUGAAUUGAAAAUAAAGAAAAUAGUAUUGAGAAAAAAAAAAUAAGCGCGCCAUCGACUGACCGCUCGUGAGGCCGCUGACCGGCUAUUUUCGCGACUUUGGCGUAAUAACGCCAUCUAGUAUUCAAUAAUGGAACUUUGUUCUUUUGUCCUUUUUCGGGGCUUAUUGAAUUUGUUAUAAGUAGCGAUUUUGGUGAAUUGUGGAGGAUUUGAAAAUAUUUGUAUUUUAGUGUUUGUAUAAAAUACAAUUAUCAUGACAUUAGGUCUUGAUUUCAUAGAAAAUUACUUACAAAUAUUGGUUCCAAAUUGUAGUCUAAUUAUUGUUGUAACUACCAUUUUACGGUAUUGUACUUAUUAUGUGAUUGAUGAUAAAAGAACUUUUACAUCUUGCCGUUUCAUUAGCCAAAAUGAUUUGUAAAUAUGUCCUUGGACUUGUCUUUGCAAAAUUUGCUCAUUCUAGCCAUUUUGGCUUUGUGUAUUUAAUAGACUUUGUAAUUCGUGUUAGAGAUGUAUUGUACUUAUGGAAUUGAAUAAGAUUUUUUACUUUUGUAAUAUUGCAAAUAUUGUUUGUAAAAAAACUGUUAAUAUAAUAAAAUUAAGAAUGUAUUAAUCAUAAAAA